GGUGGGGGGGGAGGGAGGGUGAGUCUUCGCUACCAUGCAAGCUUAGAUUUUUUUUUUUUGACGAUUAUCCUGUCCUUUUAUAUUCCUGGAAAUCACAACAAAGUGUUGCGGCUUCGAGAUCUUCUUCGUCUUUUCUUUUUUUUUUUUUCCCUCUCUUCUUCCUUUCCCUCUCCUUGCCUGGUGAGGGGCACUAGAGCCGGUGAUUCGUGUUUUUUUUCUCUCUCUCUCCCUCCCUUUCCCCCUCCCCACCCCCUCCCCAAUAACCCCCAACACCGACGCCGCCACCAAAAAUUCAAUAAAAUGAGCUCCUAUUUCGUCAACUCACUGUUCUCCAAAUACAAAACUGGGGAGUCCCUGCGCCCCAACUAUUAUGACUGCGGGUUCGCCCAGGAUCUGGGCGGAAGACCCACCGUGGUGUAUGGACCCAGUACCGGAGGCAGCUUCCAGCAUCCGACGCAAAUUCAGGAAUUCUAUCACGGGGCGUCCUCGCUCUCCACGUCCCCGUACCAGCAGAACCCGUGCGCGGUGGCUUGUCAUGGGGAUCCGAGCAACUUCUACGGUUACGACCCGUUGCAGAGACAGACGCUCUUCGGGGCCCAGGACUCGGACCUGGUGCAGUAUGCCGACUGCAAGCUCGCCGCCGCCAACGGCCUGGGGGAAGAAGCUGAGGGCUCGGAGCAGAGCCCUUCUCCCACGCAACUCUUUCCCUGGAUGCGACCGCAAGCCGCCGGACGCAGGCGAGGCAGACAAACCUACAGUCGCUACCAGACACUGGAGCUGGAGAAGGAGUUUCUGUUUAAUCCCUAUCUGACUCGCAAGCGGCGGAUCGAGGUGUCGCAUGCCCUGGGACUGACAGAGAGACAAGUCAAAAUCUGGUUCCAGAACCGGAGAAUGAAGUGGAAAAAGGAGAACAACAAAGAUAAGUUUCCCAGCAGCAAGUGCGAGCAGGAAGAGGAGGGAGAGAAGGAGGGGGAGAGAGAGAGAGAGAAAGAGAAAGAGGGAGAGGAUUAGAAAUUAAAGACGUAGGAGCUGGAACGUUACUGGACGGAGGUUGGAAAGGUAUUGCUGCAGGUUGGGAGGAGAGAGGUGAUCAGAGGUUGACUGAUAUUCAGCUGCAAAAGGUUUAUUUGAUUUUCGUGCUGGCCAAGUGGGCCAAAACGAGGAGGAAGGGAACGUGGGGCUCCUCUGGAGGUUGCUGGCCCAGAGCAGUUACAGUUGGUUGUCAAAAGACAGACUGGGUUUGUUUUUUUCCUUGGUUGGCCAGCGCAUUUUACUGGUUCUUUGGUGGUGGUGGGAGAAUAACACAUAGUUUCCUGGCAACUGUUGGUGUCUAAAACAGUGCGUCGCUCCCUACUCCCCACCCCCACACCCCUCUAGAAGUUGAAAUGAAUGCAAAUCGUGCUUAAGAAAAAUACACUCAAUGUAUUCGUUUGUGUAUGGUUGUUUGUAUGAGGGGAGAAAUUAAUAAUAAAUAACUUGCUCAUUUCCCCCCCUGCAGAACCUCCUUCCCCUUAACCAUGAAGUAUUUUGCCAAAGGCAUUAUUGGGGUUGGGGGAAGCAAUGAUUAUGUGGGCACUUUUGGAUUUUUGCCCCGUCUCUUGAGUUACUGAUUAGCUCAGGCCUUUCACAAUUGCAAGGAGCAGGCUUUGCCUGCUUCCUUUCAAGGUGCAAUCCACCCCCUUAGUAACUUGGCCAGGGCCUUAGCUCUGGGGUAUGAGGGGGUGAGUGGUAGCUGUGACAAAUUCCUUAUCCCCAAAAACUUCAAAAUAGGGUUCAGGAGUUAGAGAGUAUUAGCAAUACUUCAAAAUAGAGUAAUUCAGGGUCUCAGCUACCCAGGCUAGGCGGAGCAGAAACAAGAGAAGAACAGGGAGAAAUUGUAGGGAUUUUCCCUGUAGGGACUGUUGGAAGGGGCACCCCUGUUGUUCUGGGGCUGUCCAGGGCUCUAUAACUAGAGCCUCUGUCCUUUCAAGAUUCUUGUUCAUGUGAGUAGACUUUAUGGCCUCAAUAAGUUCCUUGAUUUAAGGCCACCGCUGUGCUGUCACUUGAGGGGGCUGAGGGAGUAAAGGGCACUUAAAAGGCUCUAUUCCUUUUCUACUGGAAGGGAAAACUCAGGUUCUACUUUCAGGAUUAUCCUGAGAUGAAGGUGAGGGUGAUAAUGAGGAAGAGGAUGAGGGUGGGGGCUGGGAAGUGAAGAAGGCUUCAUAUCUGUGACUCUGGGAUUUGGAGCAAUCUGGAAGAGGAGAGGAGAAAGAGAGAAAGGGGUGAGCUUCGUAUAAGCAGCCCCAAGGAAAAUAAGAGACCCAGUACCAAUUUCCAUAACGUAAAUUAGGUCGUUUUAUGGCACUUAGGAUUUAAGGCCAUCUUAUAGAAAACUCUUAUCUGAUCUUUUCCCAUGCUAUUCUGCCUUUGUUUUCCAUAAAUCUACCGAUUUUGCUGUAAUGUAGAGUGGCUCCUGGCUUUAAGAAUAGUUUGUGGGGGGAACCGAAUUCCUGGGUGGGAUUGGGUGACUAGAAGCCUAAUUAAAGUUCCUUAACCCAAGGAAGGUUGGGCAUCCUGGAGAAAUCUAGUGACUCAAGGGAAGGUGACUGACAGUCUCUCCAGUUUCUAUGUACUCUCACUUUUCUCCUUUUCUGAACCAGAUUGGUGGGAGAUUUAUACCAGCCAAAGAAGCACAAUUUAAGAGCAACUAGCAGGAGACACAAAUGCUUGUGUGUACAUAUGGCCAUAGUAUACUAUAUUCAAAAUUAGCCCUACACAUUCCCAGAUAGCUAAACUAGAUAGACAGUAGUAUUGUAAGAUUAAUGUAUACUAGAUGAGAGGUUUUAAAUCUUUUUCUUUGAACCCCUUUGACAGUCUGGGGAAGCCUAUGAACCUCUUCUCGUAAUAAUGGUUUUAAAUAAUUGUAGGAAAUGCGAAAUUUCAAUUAGAGAUUAAUAAUAAAGAUGUAAUUCUUUCCCACCAAGUUUCACAGACCCCCUUAAAUCUACUUAUGCUCCCUGAAAAAGUCAAUGGACCCUAGGUUGACACCCCCACCCCAGGUGCAUGUAUGGUUAUCUAUCUAUCUGUGUGGUUACUUCAGACUUUGGCGCGCGCACACACACACACUGUUUGGCACAUCCACAUUUGUAAACUGAGCUACGGACCGGUAGAGAUACUCCCAUCAGGCACAAAUGUAUGUACGUGUCUAUUUACUUAUGCACUCGCAUCUACAGACAGAUCGACACAGCUACAAACAGAUCCACUAAGAUUUGACUCCAGACCCUAUUGUGGCUCAGACCAAGCACUCCCGGCCUGGUCUUUAUCCCAAACAAACGGAUCAGACGAAUAAACGCCCAUAAAUACUUCUCGGCUUAGAUAAGAGCAAUGAGCCGAAAUUUUCUUUCAUGGCCGGCUCCAGGCGCCCCUGGACCCCGGCAGUUGCGACUGACAGCCCGACAGGCAACUGUCGAGAGUGGGGAACUUAGAGAUUAUUGUUGUUGAUGAUAGAAUUUUCCCAGCUCUUCCUCCCUCUCCCUGCAGUCCUUACAGCUCCCAGAAAACAAGCCACUACCACCCUCAAGAUGAGAAGACCAACUCUCAAUGUCUUCUCUAAUGAUAACAAAUCAAGAGAGAAAGGGGUGAGGGCUGGAGGGCUGCUGUCGGUGGAACUGUCCUCAAUCCCAGGUGGUCUUUGCAGGGGAGGGGGGAAGAGAACACAUAGCAUCUUCCCCUGACUCUCUUCAGAAACUCAAAUAGUUCUCAUCACCACCAAGUAGAUAAAAUCAGUUUGGGUUAACUACUGAUUCAUUCAAUUAUCAGGAAUCCAACUGUCCAAUAGCAAUGGGGAGUCAGAUCGAUAACUGUCUUUUGAGCUUUCCUCCCACCUCCACUUUCGCCAAAUCUUUUUCUUUUGGUUUUGUUAUUUAAAUCUUCUAAGUCUGAUAAAAAUGACAAACUGGAGCUGGGGACCACAGAACUAGAAAGCUUGGGGGGUAAAGUCUGGUCUAGAAGCCUGGAAGUUCUCUGUGUCCUUUGAUAUCUCCGCUGCCGCUUUUCUUCUGACCAACUUUUCCACUAACUCCACACCUUCCCUCCAUCCUUCACACACAAAGUCAGCCCUGUGGCCCUUGGUUUUCUCCUGCCUUGUCUUCCUGCCACCCCAAUUCCUUGCCUAAAUGGUUGCUUUUACUUGGGCGAGGGUCCGGUUCCCACACAAAGCGAGACCGUGACGUGAGGCGAGCUAGAGGCUAAGCAGUUAAGCACAGAUAAGCUGAGUUCACCCUCUGCUGCCUAAGCUGCUUUUCCCCGAUUGUCUAGGGGUGGCCCAUACUUCCGAAAAGCUGUUGUCUGUGACAAGAGUGAUUCCCUUGUGUAAGCAGAAUGUUUUAAAAUUUAUUAACUUUGCAAUAUGAGUCCAGAUUUACAAAUACUCAGCUUCUCUGGAGAGAAGGGGGAUGUGAGACAACAGACAGUGUCCAAAGCUUGGGCAGAAUUCUUUUGGGGUUGCAUACCCUAAAGGGCAUGGAAUGGAGAAGGAGAAUUUCAGAAUUUGAGGCAGAAAGAUAGACCCAGAAGGGAUUUGAAAUUGCUGAGGAUAGAUAAUUGGGGUGGGUGGGGAGGAGAAAUCCCAAUGUAUUUUCUCGCUCAUUCCACGUAAGACUAGUUCAAAUUACAGACCUUACCUCCCCCUUCACCGAACAAACAAUCAAAACGCCAGAGGAUAGAUUCUCUAAAACCUAACCAGCUCCUCCGAGAAAACUGGAGGAGGAGGAGGAGGAGAUUUGGUUGCGGCAAUUCCUUAUCCCCUAGGAGCACGGAAGAAUUUGAAGAGACACUAUCAAGUGGCGGGAAAUUGUCAGCACUUUACUGACCUUUAAAAAAAAUCCUAAUGCCCUGAGCUUUCUCAAAGAACUUUUUUUUUGAGGGGGGUGUAAGAAUUUAUGGACCAGAUAUUUAACUUUCUUGGGAAGUGGGAAGGAACGACGAAGGACAGAAUCUGGAACAGAGAGAUAAAAACCAGGCGACGGUCCCCUUUUUGCCUUCUCACCUUCGACUACGGAAAGGGGAAGAGCGAACACCCCUACUUCCAGUCCCCCUAUCUUUGAUAAGAUCUGCUAAGAAGGACAGUGAGAAACACCUCUUUGCGACUACUAUCUUCCUCUAGGGAGGAGGGCGACUGUGACCCAGAGGGCAUAGUAAAAACUCGAAAGGGUACGGUUCAGGAUGGGGUACCCUUCAGUAGUCUCCAUUUCCCCCACCACCACGAGCACCUUCUUCACCGUUUCGUCUCUACCCCCGGCCCCCACUUCCAGCAGCUGGGUUCCAAUCGGCUGUUUCCACUCCCCCUGCCCCUUACGCACAAAGAAUUGGGGAAAGGCAGGAAUUCGAGACCGGGGCUGGGCUGAAAGCUGGCGAUCAGAUAAACAGGAAAGACGAUUUUUGAAAUCAGGGCCGCGGUCCCCCCCCCUUCCUGAAAGCGAAGCUAAUUAGACAGCUGAGAACUCCGCUCCUCUCCUACCUCCAUUUAAAAAAAGAAGGGAAAAAAGAGAAAAUAAAACCUUUUCUCUUCAGUCCAUCUCAACGGGGUACUCGAAUCUUUCCUCCCCAGAUAUUUCCCUUGGGGGAACGGAGGUCAGGAGGACUGCAGGGAUUAACUUUUCUUACAACAAUUAACUUUUCCCCAUAUCCUAUGGUGGAGAGGAAGGGGAGGAACAGGAGCAGGAAUAUAUUUAUUUCAUCAUUCUGAGAUGGGGGGGGAGUAGUCUUUUUUCCAAGUUCCCCCCUCUCAUACCUCCUCCCCACCCCCACCUCUUAGCGAUAACAGACGCCUCUUUCGCAGCUCCUACGUAGGUGGGGAAGGGUGCGUUCUGUUUCUGUUGUUGAGUGAAAGGAAAAGGGAGAGUGAGACAGAGAGAGAGAGCGAGAGCGAGAGCAAGAGAGAGAGAGAAAGA